UUCCGGCUGGCCUCUCAGGGCCCAGCGGCUCGCGGGCGGAGCUGGUAGUUUCGGCGCCAUGGCCUCCCUCCGCGCCUUACUGCUGGGUGUCCGCAGCCAGCUGCAGCUUCCUGCCCGCUGCCCAGCGCUGCGGCUCUUCGCCUCGGGGGCUAACUUUGAGUACAUCAUCACAGAAAAAAAGGGGAAGAAUAGCAACGUGGGGUUGAUCCGAUUGAACCGCCCCAAAGCACUCAAUGCCCUUUGCAACGGCUUGAUGGAGGAACUCAACCAGGCACUAGAGACCUUUGAGGAAGACCCCACUGUGGGCGCCAUCGUGCUUACUGGUGGAGAUAAGGCAUUUGCAGCUGGAGCUGACAUCAAGGAAAUGCAGAGCCGGACAUUCCAGGACUGUUACUCUAGCAAGUUCUUGAGCCACUGGGACCAGCUAACUCGGGUCAAGAAGCCAGUCAUUGCUGCUGUCAAUGGUUAUGCUCUUGGUGGGGGCUGUGAGCUUGCUAUGAUGUGUGAUAUCAUCUACGCCGGCGAGAAAGCCCAGUUUGGACAGCCGGAAAUCCUUCUGGGGACCAUCCCAGGUGCAGGGGGCACUCAGAGACUUACCCGUGCAGUCGGCAAGUCCCUGGCAAUGGAGAUGGUCCUCACUGGUGACCGCAUCUCAGCUCAGGAUGCCAAGCAAGCAGGUCUUGUGAGCAAGAUUUUUCCUGUUGAGACACUGGUUGAAGAAGCCAUCCAAUGUGCAGAAAAAAUUGCCAGCAAUUCCAAAAUUAUAGCAGCCAUGGCCAAGGAAUCUGUGAAUGCAGCCUUUGAAAUGACAUUAACAGAAGGAAAUAAGUUGGAGAAGAAACUCUUCUAUUCGACCUUCGCCACCGAUGACCGGAGAGAAGGCAUGGCUGCAUUUGUGGAGAAGAGGAAGGCCAGUUUCAAAGACCACUGAGAAACCAGCUUCCUGGGCCUCAAUCUUCAUGGAGAGGGAACUGCAGGCCGUCAGCUUAGAAGCAAAUAGAUCACCAUCCUUGAAAAGGUAGCAGAGACCACAUAGAGUUCUUGCUGAUGUCUGUGGAACUGUGGUCAUUGCUCAAGCCUUCGCAGCACAGCCAGCCAGUGAUUAGCAGGAUCAGUCACCUGUGUUCUGACUGGAGCACAUUUUCUAAGUCAAAGGUCCUGUUGAGGAACUUCCAGCACGUUCAGCCUUUUCUUCACCUCAGGAGCUGAGGUGCUUGCUUGGCCACCACUGUGCCAACGGGUGGAGGCAGGCGCCGUCUGUCCUGUGCCUGCAGCUGCUGGAUGUGGCUGCUCAGAAGGAGAUGCUGCUGUUGCUACUUUUGAAAAGAAUCAUGAUUAAAGUGACUAUUUCAAAUUA